CUCACUGUAUACUAGAGGCAAUGCUAUCUUCUUGUACAUUGCUGUGUGCUAGAAGCCAUGCACUGCCUUCGUACCGAGCUGUGCGCUAGAGGGAGUGCUUUUUCCCUGUAUUUUGCUCUGUGCUAGAAGCGACUCACUCUGUUUGCACCUUCCUGCUUGCUAAAUCUACCUAGCAACGUACCUAUACUUUGCUCUGCACUAUAGAUGAUCCAGGAUACCUGUACCUUGCUGGUAGUUACUGGCCAUGCACUCUACCUGUUCCUCUCCGUGUGCUAGUGGUAAAGUAGACUAUUUGUACUCCACUGUGUGCCAGCCUUGAGGCAGUUCAACUGGAUAUCUGUGUUCUAGAGGUGAGGCACUCUCUGUGUUGUUGCUACACUCGAUGCAGUCUCCUAUGUCAUCUUGCCUACUAGAGGCGACACAGUCUACCUGUACUUUGUUGCACACUAUAGGUUACAAUUUCCAUUUACCUCUAUCUGAGUCACAGGUGACCCAGUCCCUUGUACCUUGCUACAAACAAGUCAUUGCAGUCACCCCGUACCUUGCUUCACUCUAUAGGAAUUGCUGUGACUACAUAUCUUCAGAGCCCGAUGAGCUGCUUCCUUGUCUUUUAGUACAUUGCUACCUCUGCAUUUGUCUCUGCCUUAGUAGUAAGUCCAUUGUGGUGCCUUAGAAGACAUGCUCCAUACCUGUCUGUGUUGUACAAGUGAUGAUAUCUUGGAAUUACCCUAUCUAGUGGAUCUCCUCGCUGUAUAUCCUCUCUUGCCCUGUUACUGAUGUGUGCUAAAGCUGACACUAUUUCUCUGUCCCUCAUUGUGUCCUAUAGGUAACACUUUCUCACGGUGUCCUAGAGUUAACCCUUGCUCUGUCCAGAUGUCCAGGGUUAAAACAGAGGAGGAAGAAUACUGGCACGGAUCCAAGUUCAAGGCCUUCACUUUUGACGAUGACGAUGAUGAACUAUAUCAGGUGCAUGGAAUAUUUCUGGCUAUAGCAAAGUAAAUUUCUACUUACAGUUAAUUGACUAAUUUCUUUUGUUUUUUUUGACAGUUGAAGGAAUCCAAGCGAGCGGUAAAUAGUUUGAAAGCCAUUGUAGAUGAAGAGGACGAUGAAGGGGAGAGGUUUACCUGGAGUGGGGAACCUGUUGGAAGUGAGUUCUCAAGAGUUACAUUUAAGAAAUUCAAUGUGUGUCCGUUAUGUGAUUUCAUGGUUUAUGUUAUAUCUGCCAAAAGAACUGUCAAACAUAAGGGUUUUCAUUAAAGAAUGAAUUGUCAUUUUUGGAAUUAUAUGUAAAUCAGACUAAUAGUUUUAUCUAACUCUAAUAGCCACACGCAGCUUUGAAUCACAUUAAUCUAAUCCUAUUAGUGCCACAUCACUGAAACUAAAAUAAAUUACAUGUUUUGUUAAUAAUUGUGAGGACCCUUAUUGAAAAUCAGACAAAUGCAGUGAUCCACAAGAAAAAGCAAGUAGAAGUCAAUAUUAUAUAUAUAUAUAUAUAUUUUUUUUCUUAUUUAGAGUUGACCUCUUUCUUAUUACAGCAACAUACAAUAUUAUUCUUAAAGAACUGUUACUUCUCAGCUAAUUAUUUAUUUUAAUUCUUUAUUUAAUACUGCGCAAUAAAGACACAUUAUCUAAAAAAACAGUGGGUACGGCAAAGCUUAGUCUGGAGUAUUAGGAAGGCUUCGUGCUUUAAAGUGUAUGUUGCGUUAUCGAAGCUGAGCGCAGACAGCACACAUCUAAUUGAUUUACUUGUAGGUAUAUCAUGGUCCAUUCAAGAAACUGCGUCAAACGCCCGAGCAGGGACUGAGACGAGAGAACAUAGACCCACAGCCGAUACAUCAUCUUAUGCCUACUCCAAAAUCGGAUCUGCAAAUGCCCUGAGCAACCUCUUUAAAGGUUAGACUAUUCGUAAUGCGCAGAAUGCACGUAACCAAGAAUACAUCGCAUGUGUAAGAAGGGGACACAAAAUGAGUUAAACAUUUAUUGCAAAUACCAGCUAACUGCACAACUAACAAAUGUGUAGGUGCAGUGUUAUUUAUAUUUCUCACACCUGGCAGGUAUCAGCUCUUUCCAAAUGGUAACCACAUUAAGAGAUGUACUGACUUCUGUGCAUCUGACUCGGCAUGGUAUGAAGCCUAUUUGUUUUCCUGACCCAGGAGCGUCCUGGGAAUGUGAAAAUAAGGGCACAUUCCAGCUGUCUGGUGUGGUUAUGGUGCUAGGACCAAGCUGGCAGAGUCCCAUGGUAAGAUGUCAAACUAUUUUACAUCACAUCUGGUCUUCUUCAGGAAGGAAGGCAGAUGUCUCUUUAGAACAAACCAGGCCCAUUCUGAACCACAAUCAUUAGCCAAGUUCAUCAGCCGAGUCCAUUGUUGUCCUGCCUUGCUCGAAAGGGUCAUGUGGAUUUAUCGUCGGUGCCUGGUGGAACCCAGGUAAGUAGUAAAAGCAUGGUUAAACAAUUUGACAUGUUACCGUGCGAUGGCGCUAAGGCACUCCUGGCACCAUAAACACCACAGCAGGCUAUAGUGUUCCUUUAAAUAACCUUUUCAUCUAUCAGAUGGUGGAUAGAUGGGUAAAACAAUGUAAAGAUGAAGGUGGACAACUUGACCUUUCCCAACAAGACUACGUUUUGCUGGCGUGUACCCGCCGCACAAUGUUUAUUAAUCCUAUUAAUUGUCAUAUAUAUGAUGGUGACUAAAACAGGAAGCUGUCAUUUUAUACAAGCAAAUAACAAUAAUAAUCUUUUUACAUUUUUCACAAUUUCCUGCAUGUUUAUGUGUUUGUUUCUAGAACUUUGACUGCAAAUGUGGCUUUUGUUUCCUUGUCUCUCUCUGUCUUUGUAACAUCACCUAUUUCUCAAUCCCUGUAAAAGGCACCUUGUGUCCAGCUAUUAUAUGCGUCUCAUACCGUUCUUUUUUUUGUGUUUGAGACUUAACUCGCCUCUGCUUCUUCUCAUUUUACAGUAAAGUCCAGAACGAGCAGCUUUCAGGCCUUGUCUGAUGGUAACUAUUAUUAUUUUACUAAAUCUAAGCAUAUAAAACUGUUGUUUGUUAGUUGUUUUGUCUGGUUGUGACCAUAUCCCAAUCCCUUUUUUAUUUUUCAGUUCUUCUGGAUACAAAUAUGAAAAGUCUUGCUCCAGAGCUGCGUAAACCCAAGUCUGAGUAUCAGGUAACAGGAGAGCAGGAGAAGAAGUCUAUAAUAUAAUAUUAUUAGGGGGUGAAGAGCAAGGGAUGGACUUUCACCUACAAAUUAUUUUGUUGGUUAGAAACUUGGGGUGCCUCUCAGUUUGUGUCUGCCUCACUGUCCACUUAUGGCUGUGUUUCAGGAUUACAGUGGAGAUUGGAGCAUUGAGGACACUGUUCGACGAUUGCAGAAAGGAAAGGUAAGACACCCCCUAAAUACACAGGUUCACGAAGAGGCAUGAUAUGUGAUAUCACACUUUUUUUUUUUUUUUGGAUAAGCUUUUCAAGUGAUUCAGUAUUUUUGGAUCAACUUUUAAAAUAUAUAUUUUAAAUAUUAACAGAUCAAAAUAUAAAUCAUAAAAUAUUUUUCAUGUUGUUAAAUAAUUUCAGAAGUCUACCCACAAAAUAUUAAAGUGGAUCUGUCACCAUCCAGGGUCUUUUGUAGAAUUUGCAAAGACUCCCAAACCGUGGCAUCCGUGAUCGGGGUCCUGGGACAGUCAAAGGGGAAAUAUACUUACCUGAACUUGUCCCUCGCGGGUGCUUGCUCCUCUUAAGAUCCUGCUGCUUCAGCUGCCAGGAGCUGACGUUAGCGCUGCACUCUCACGCAUGUGUGGGAGCACAGCAUUGAGGUCUGUUGAUGAUUCCACUGGAACCUUCAUAGAAAGAACGAAUUUCCCUCCAGCCAUCACUGGUGAUGGCUGGGGGAAAUGGCAAGACUUGUCAGCACUUCCUAGUGUCAAGCCUUGUCAAGUGGAGGAUAAAUACUGAGACAAAGGAAGCCCAUACUUUGUCUCAGUAUAUAAUUUUUUGUGAAUAUGAUUUUUAUUCAUUUUGUGUAUUUAAAUUUGCGGUGAGACGCGCAGGUCUCCAUUGCAUGUUAUUAUAAAAGGUAACAAAUUAGGCUCGCAGGCCCCAUCACAGAAGGACUCGCAGGUCCCCAUUUUCUGGUAUUUACAUUUGUUUGGGACUAUAAAUUAAGUAACGUUUUCAUGAACUGAGUGAACAUAAUGCUUUGUAAUCGUCCUUGAACCAGAUUAAUCAGUCUUUGAUUAGGUGUCAGUGUUUGUAGGCCACCCCUAUGGUCCCUGUCCACGGCGUCUCAUCGGGCCCUGUGUCCUUAGCUAUGUGUCAUCGACCGUGGUGGGCUUGUGUUUACCCCCGUUAUUACUAUCGGUGUUUCCCGUGUUUAACCAGGGGAAUGGUGGUAUUGCGGGUAAAGGGUACCCUUACCUUGGGCGUGUGGAUACUGCAUUAGCCGUGUCAAUGCUGGGCCUGUCCAGGGUUCCCUCAGGUGUUCGCAUGUUUUGGCUUUGGGGUGUCUUCCCGGGCCGGUCUGGAUGUAAGUAUCAGCUCGUGUUCGUUGAUCGUUCCCAAAUAUGUUUUCCCUUGUCGCUAUGGGUGCGGUGGGGAUGAUUCAGUCAAUGAUGAUGCUCUGGUAUUUCGCAGGGAGCAAGAGGGGGGGAAUGUGUCUGGGUGGGAAGAAAGGAAGAAGGGGGGGGUAGUUCCGUCCAGUUCGUCUGUCGACCAUCUAGCGUCGUCUGGGGUGUGUGUUCUGAGUACUAUCUGUCUGUGUCGUGGUUCCCGUUAGUGUUAGGCCUGAGUUCUAAUUGGAACUCUUCUUUUGCCGUCUCUAGAAUCCAGUGCGUCCAGAUGCUCAUGUAGGUAGUGGGUGUAGUGUUGGCCGUCAUGGUCAGUUCCUCUAUCGACCUUAGUUCUUCCAUUUGGCUAAACCAGGUCGAAAGUGGAGGUGUAACUGUUUGUUUCCAGAAUUGGGGGAGCACUCGUUUGGCCACGUUAAGUAUUCUAAUGGUCAUGGAUUUUUUGUAUUUGGAUCGGGGAACUGUUGUGUGGUGUAGGAGCAUCGCUGCCGGUUCCAGGGGGGGGGGCGCGUCCGCGAACUUCUCUAGCAUUUUGUGUAUCCUCUUCCAGUAUGGUUGGAUCAUCGCGCAAUCCCACCAGAUGUGUUUUGUGGUGCCCACCUCUCUUUCACAUCUCCAGCAGAGUCUGGAGUGGUCUGGGUUUACGUGAUGAAGGAGAUGUGGUGUCCUAUACCAAUGUGUUAGAAGCUUGUAGGCCGUUUCCUGUGUUUUGCUGUGAGUGGAACAGUGGUGUGUAAGGUAGCAGAUGGUUUCCCAUUCUGCUUCCGUUAGUGUGUUACCCAGGGCUGUUUCCCAUUUUCCCAUGAAUAGUGGUGUCUCGGACGGGGUUUCUGAUUGGAGCAUGGAAUAUAAGAAGGACACUCCAUGCGGGAGCGGGUCUGGGUGUGAGCUGACCACUUCUAUCGUGGUCUGGUCUCUGGCCAGUGCUGGUCCCUGCGGUAGGGAGUGGAUGUAAUUGGUCAGUUGGGCAUGUCGGAAGCGGUGCAUAAAGGUCGGGGGCGUCUCUCCCAUCAAGUCCGUUAGUGUUUUACAUUUCCCACCUUGGAGGAAGUGGUGUAGGCGUGGGGUUCUGUCUGGGAAGAUGUGUUUGAGGGUUCCAGGGUCCAGACCCGGCGGGAAGUCCUCGUUGUGUGUCAGGGGCAAGAGGGGGGAGGGGUACGGUGCCAUAUUCCCUUUCUUUGCGGCCGUCCUCCACUCAGUAUAUAAUUUGAAUGGUUUGAAAUUUCAGUGAAAUUCUAAUACAGUCAAUCUGAGUAUUUCGUAAAGAUUCUAUCUUUAUAAAAUACUCGUUUUGGGGAAGGUGGUGGGGUGACAUUGCCACUAUAAAUUAUUUGGAAAGCUACUCCAAAAAUAUUAAAUGAAGGCAAUAAAUAGGAAUAACCAACAUCAAAUAAAUGUGUGCAAAUGUGUUUGGUUUCUAUUUCCAAUCGUUUUUAAUGACUUACUCGCCAUUCUAUAUUAUUUUUGGUGCUAUGUGUUUGUUUAUAUAGGACAGACCAUUUUUGUUUACUGUGCUAGAUUUUUAUGGCUCAUUAAUGUCAAAGUGCCACUUUUUGUACAAUAAUUAGUUAAAGCCUUAUGCCAGGAUCUGGGUUUUAAUGGGUUUAUCUACGUGACAAAGUUCUGCAUUAAACCAUUUUGUUCUCUAUAGAGCUGCUCAAUGGAGAGAUUCCGGGCUCUGAAAGAAAAACUGCAACUUUUGGAUGAAGCAGUUGGACUCCACGAUGGAAACGUGAUCACUGCUGUGAGUUUUUCGACUGCUGGAUUUUCUCUAUUGCCUAAAAUAUCAACAGGGCUGUACAAAGUCAGGCAUGUUGACUCAGUCGAACAAAAACUAUGGCUCUUGAACUAAUACCAUGUGUAUGUAUGUAUGUGUGUGUGUGUGUGUGUGUAUGUAUGUGUAUGUAUGUAUAUGUAUAUAUAUAUAUAUAUUUAUUUGAUUUUCAUAGAAACAUAGAAUGUGACGGCAGAUAAGAACCAUUCGGCCCAUCUAGUCUGCCCAAUUUUCUAAAUACUUUCAUUAGUCCCUGGCCUUCUCUUAUAGUUAGGAUAGCCUUAUGCCUAUCCCACGCAUGCUUAAACUCCUUUACUGUGUUAACCUCUACCACUUCAGCUGGAAGGCUAUUCCAUGCAUACACUACCCUCUCAGUAAAGUAAUACUUCCUGAUAUUAUUUUUAAACCUUUGUCCCUCUAAUUUAAGACUAUGUCCUCUUGUUGUGAUAGUUUCACUUCUUUUAAAUAUAGUCUCCUCCUCCUUUCACAUCUCAAUGUGUUGCACGUUCUUCACAAUAUUCUAUUUUUCUCUUAAAUAGGCCAGUACCAGUCAUCUAAUGUUGUUUUUGUUUGUCUUUACUUUUAGGUUUUAAUUUUCCUGAAAAAAACAUUAAAUUCUGGUGAGUUAAAAGAAUUCAAGUGGCAAUAUAUUAUUGCAAUGUCCCAAGCAGAGAUUAUUAUUAUUUGAUGGUUUUUAUAUUUCAUAAAAUCCAAGAUGUCUCACUGCACCUUUGGAUAAAUUCACAAUCUUCACCAUAUCUCAUAAGCACACUUAUUAUUUACAACACUGUACAGUCUGAAGCAUUGCUUGAGAGAAUGCAUGCAAAGUUCCCUUCUUAUCAACACUUAUCACCUCUUUGUCAUGCUCACUCCAUCACUCAGUCACUGUGAGACAAUUGAAGCUUUGGUGUGCCUAAUGUGACAUCAAAGCAUUCUGGUGAUUGUUAUUGGUGGAAAAUGCUCUGAAUCUGUAAAGAUAACUUAUAGUCGCCCUGCUAGUCCCAGAAUCCUUUGCAGCAGUUUUAGGCAUCUAUCUCCUUCUUAGAGGUUCUGUUUCGGGAGCUUGAGCGCAGACAAGUGGCUUUGCGGCAUUUUAUCCACUUCCUUAGAGAGACGGAGGAGCAACAACUCCUAAUGGAUCUAUUCAGGUGAGUGAAGGCAAGUGGGGGGGAAAUGCUGUCGGCUAAAUAGGGGUCUUUGGACAGGUAGCAUGUGUGAUGUGCAAAUGGCGCUCAGUGCUGGGGUUGGACAGCUUUGAGACCAGGGGUAGAUGGCGUUGUUAUUUAGGACAGUAAUUUGGCUCCUGUAAUGGAAAUAGCUCUUCUUAAAGUGACAUGUUCUCAUUACAGGUUUCUGGAUCGAGCUGAGGAGCUAGCUGUGAGUAUGGGGACACAUGGGAUAGAGCUAUACAUAUGUGCGAAUAAUAGGAUAAAGCUUUACACGUGCUAAUAAUGGGAUAGACGUGGGUUAGAGCUAUACACACGUGUGAAUAAUAGAAUAAAGCUAUACACGUGUGCUGAUAAUACACAGGCUAGUAAUGGGAUAGAGAUGUGCGAAUAAUAAGAUAAAGCUAUACAUGUGCUAAUAAUGGGAUAGACAUGGGACAGAGCUAUACACGUGUGCGAAUAAUAGGAUAGAGCAAUACACGUGUGCUAAUAAUGAGAUAGACAUGGGAUAGAGCUAUACACGUGUGCAAAUAAUAGGAUAAAGCCAUACACGUGUGCUAAUAAUGAGAUAGACAUGGGUUAGAGCUAGACACGUGCUAAUAAUGGGAUAGAUAUGGGUUAGAGCUAGACACGUGCUAUUAAUGGGAUAGACAUGGGUUAGAGCUAUACAUGUGUGCUACUAAUUCACAAUCAACAUUUUAUCCUAUCUUCUCCAGAUUUGUAAAUACAGAGAACAUCUGAACAUUAGCAGUGCAGAGGAAAGGAGAGAUUUUCUGAAAACCAAAUGUAUCAGGUCCGCAUUAUUGAGGGUCCCCAUGUUGGCAUUCCCCAGCAUCAGCACUUACAUCAUCUACAUCCUCAGAUCUCACACACUCACUCAUCCUAUACAUACUCAACAUAGGUUGUUUAUCCCUGGCACCAUCCCCCCUAGAUCCUUCUCUCCUAUACCCAGAUUCAGCCGCUUCAUCUUCUGUUUGUUUAUGGUUUUCACCUUUUUAUUUUUCAUCAAACUCCAUUCUGUUUUCUCUUGCUCAUCCAUUCCUCCCAUUCUUAGUUCCUCAUUUUGUCAUUCCCACCUUUACCUACUCAGUCUCACCCGUUCUCUCUCAUUCUGCUUACUAUUCUCCCCUUUUUAUUUGCUUUGUAUCUGUCCGCUCCUCAUUCACCCACUUCUUCCUUUCCCUUCACUUCUCAUUUUUCUCAUUCACUCUUUGCUCUUUCUCUCCCCAUUCAGCCUUCCCUUCUCCCAAGAAGAUGCUUCCCAUGUACAGGACCAUUACACUUUACUAGAAAGACAGAUCAUCAUAGAGGUAAGACGUGGGGCGGCAUGUCUCUCAUUUUUAAAGAGGGUUUCAUGAGAUUCUUACAUUUCGGCACAUUACAUGCACCAGGACUUUCGGUGUUUAUCGCUCAAUAUAUCUGCCUGUCUGUUAUUAUUUCCUUGUCUCAUGUUGAUGUUGCCCUUCAGCAUAUUCUGCUAUAUAUUUAACUCCUGAGGAUAUUUAUUUUUUCUUUUCUUCAUUACUACUGUAUGUGAUAUCUAUCAAUUACGCCAACACUAGGCCGAUAAACCUAAACCGGGUAAAAGAGCUGUAUAUGGUCUAUGGUUCAUUUAGCGCCCAGGAAUGCUUCAUGCUGGAGAGCUAUAUAUUAAAUUUCAAUCCUUAGUUAAGGCAAUAUACAGCAAUAUGGAUAGGACAUGUAAAGGGUGACAGUGCUGUUUGUGCUAAUCCUCCCUGUAUUUGCUUGGGUAUUGUAUUUGCCUUGUGAUAUGCAGAUUAUGUAUUUCAGUGCAAUUUAGAAUGUGUGUAAAGAUGAUCAGUGUCUUUGAACCAUCAUUGUAAUGUGUGACUGCAAUGAUCAUGUAUUUUCAGGCCAACGACCGGCACUUGGAAUCCACAGGACAGGAUCAGAUGUUCCGCAAAUAUCCUAGAAAGGCAUCUCUAAUCUUCAUGCCACUCGUUACCACUCUAUUCUAUUCUUGUAUUUACCAUUAUACGGAGGGAGAGGUAAGUGACGUGCGCCUUUACUUUACUCUCACUGUUACAUAGUUACAUAGCUGAAAAGAGACUUGCGUUCCAUCGAGUUUAGCCUUCCUCACAUUUGUUUUUUGCUGUUGAUCCAAAAGAAGGCAAAAAAAAACAGUUUGAAGCACUUCCAAUUUUGCAACAAGCUAGGAAAAAAAAUCCUCCUUGACCCCAGAAUGGCAGUCAGAUUUAUCCUUGGAUCAAGCAGUUAUUACCCUACAUUGAGAGAUUAUAUCCUUGAAUAUUCUGUUUUUGCAAGUAUGCAUCUAGUAGCUGUUUGAACAUCUGUAUGGACUCUGAUAAAACCACUUCUUCAGGCAGAGAAUUCCACAUCCUUAUUGUUCUUACAGUAAAAAAACCUUUCCUUUGCCUUAGACGAAAUCUUCUUUCUUCCAGUCUAAACGCAUGGCCUCGUGUCCUAUGUAAAGUCCGGUUUGUGAAUAGAUUUCCACACAAUGGUUUUUAUUGGCCCCGGAUAUAUUUGUGAGGAGCAUAACUAUAGAAUGUGAGCUCUGAGAGGUUUAUCACUCCUAAAACAGGCAAAUCCCAGACCAGUAUCUAAAUGCAUGUUAGAUGUAAAGAUGGAGAACUAUGCAAGUGUUGUGAGAAUCAGACUUUUUUUUUAAUUUAAUUUUUUAUUUUCAGGGGACUUUCAGCAGCCCAAGUAACAUCCGGAAAACAUUCAAGGUGAGCUAGAUUACAUGAUGUCUAGAUAAGACACUUAUGUGAGAAUGGAUGUAGGACUCUAUCGGAGUAUGAGAGGUGAAAUGGGAUAGGCAUGAUUGGUUGAAGGUUUGAGGAAUACGGUGUAAUGCCAGGCAGUAAUAUAGAGUACCUGGGAAAGAAUCUUAAUAGCAAAUUUGGGUUUGAUAUUCCCAGAGAGACAUAAGGGAAAGAAAUGGGUGAUCUGAUGGAGGUAAGAGAUUGGAUGAUAUGAUGGAACGAGGGCUAAUGGGGUAAGAGACUGGAUGAUAUAAUGGAGAGAGGACUGAUGGGUUAAGAGACUGAAUUAUAUUAUGAAGCGAGGACUGAUGGGGUAAGAGACUGGAUGAUAUAAUGGAAGGAGGGCUAAUGGGGUAAGAGACUGGAUGGUAUAAUGGAGAGAGGACUGAUGGGAUAAGAGACUGAAUUAUAUUAUGAAGCGAGGACUGAUGGGGUAAGAGACUGGAUGAUAUAAUGGAGAGGGGACUGAUGGGUUAAGAGACUGAAUUAUAUUAUGAAGUGAGGACUGAUGGGGUAAGAGACUGGAUGAUAUAAUGGAAGGAGGGCUAAUGGGGUAAGAGACUGGAUGAUAUAAUGGAGAGAGGACUGAUGGGGUAGGAAACUAGAUGAUAUGAUGAAGAGCGGACUAAUGGUGUGAGGACAGGACGAAAUGAUGGAAAGAUGAUUGCUGGAGUAUGGUACCGGAUGAUUUUAUGGAGAGAGGAUUUAUUUGGUAAGAAACAAGAUUAUAUUAUGAAGAGAGUACUGAUGGGAUAAGAGAUCAGAUGAUAUAUUGGGGAGAGAGAAAUGAUUGGGUAAGGGACUAAAUAUUUUGACAGAGGGAGGUGUAUUGUGGAAAGGGGCUGGAUGUUGGUGUAAUGAUAAGAAAUUAACCUGUGGCCGUGGAUGAUAGAGAGAAAGCUGUCAUUGAUAUAGGCUGAAUAGUCUGAUCUUUGAAUGUUCCCAUAUUAACCAGUAUUCUGUACAAUUAUACUCAUUUACAGAUCCCAGAAAAAUUGUAUAUACUCACAGCACUAGCAGCACGUGCAAAGCUUAAAGCAUGGAGUGACGUGGAUGCUCUUUUUACUACAAAGGUCUGAGAUUAGGGAUUCUCUUUUAAGAGUAUCCUUUCUAAAAACUCAUGGUUUUUAUUUUCCUCUUUAUCAGUUUUACCCGUCAUCCCAUUUAUAACCACCUUGUAAUCGGUCUCUGAAUCUUUAUGCUUUCUACCCUCUCUGGAACCUCAUGCACUCUGUCCUUUCUCUCUCUGUUCACUCUGCCGUGUCUUGGUAACAUUGCGAUUCUCUCCACUUUUAGAAUUGGUUGGGUUACACCAAGAAAAGAGCACCUGUGGGUUUUCACAGAGUGGUGGAGAUUCUGCACAGGAAUGGAGCCCCAGCACAGGUGAGAGCUAAGCCACAUUAGGGAGGCAAUUGUAUUACAGACAAAUCUUUCAUUAUUCUUAAAUUACUCAAAUUAAAUUAUUAAAAGCACAAAAGGUAUGAUAGCGACCAGACUUGUUAAAGUGGUUUGUAUUUGUAUUUCAGUAAAGUUUAUGGAUGAUGUUAUGUGCAAAUAGACGCACCACUCACGCGUACACACACCCUCUCAUUAUAAUGUUGUUCCAGAGAAAAUUACCUUUUCUAAUAUGUGAUUACAAGCUAACUCUUCACGCUAAUAGCUUCUGCUCAUUCCAGGUCCUACAAGAUUACAUUCGUCUUGUGGAGGAUGCUGAAACGAAAGUAGCAUUGGCGACCAGAUACAAGUGUCAUGAAGUUGUCAUUGAUGUGAGUACAGAUACGUGCAGAUGGUUUGGUAUACCAGUCAUCUCCCUCUUGGCAGUUUAAUGCAUGGCCAUUGCAGACCUUGGGUGUACAGAGAUUGGAAUUGCCAUUUAACACUGCUUUGUCUGUAGAAUGAGUUUUGUUGUGAUCAUUCUUACACCGUUCCUGAAUGCUGUUUACAGCUCAUUGUUAGAUUAUUCCUCUCAUUCUCCCAACAGACCUACAGGGACCUGAAAGACCGACAGCAGCUGAUGGUAUAUAGAUGUAAAGUGGAGCGGGGAUCCCCUGAAGAGGACAAGAUAGACAUGAUACUGAGCAACACGGUAAAAAGUUCCACAUCAGAUCUCUGUUAUAGCAAAAGGAUAUUUCAGCUGAGCUGAACUGAUUCCUACUUCAGAGGCAUACCGUUCUAAUUUGGGAAAUACAUUAUUCAGCAUGAUGACAACCAGACAAUGUAACUUUACGAUUAACUUUCAUGCAAAAAUGACAGGCCCGACUAUUAGUAUGUAGAAUGGAAAAUAAUACAGAAAGACAUAUUCCAGACCUUAAAGUAGCCUGGCUUAGAGUAAAACCUCCAAGGAGGAAAAAGGGUAGAAAAACAUCAAAGUAACAAUUUACUAGCCAAAAUCAGGAAGCAUAAGCCAGGAUUAGGUACAUUAAAUCAGGAAGUCAGACAAAGCCAGGUAAUUCAGAAAAAACAACUAUGAUAUAAACUAAAACCUCAAUAAGUUACAGUAUGACAAAUGGUUUAAGCUUUUCUUUUUUUUUGCCAUUAUGCAUGUGUCGAAAAGUGACCUUGUGCAAUUGAGGAAUGGGCUGAAAUGAAGUAUGAUAGAAACCUAGAAUGUGACGGCAGAUAAGAACCAUUCGGCCCAUCUAGUCUGCCCAAUUUUCUAAUGAUGAGUGGCAUCGCUGCUGCAUCAGGUGAAAGCAGGCACCUAGGGCUGACACUGAAUAAAACAACGUAAAUAGUAAUUUCUCUAGACAUAAUCUGGGAGAGGGCUGCACCACAUCCAUAGAUAAAUUAAGGUAGCACAUUCAUUAAAAAGAGAAGUAUAAUAACAUCCCCACUUGGAUUGUGAGCUCAUUUGGCCCUUUCCAUCGUUUGUCUCUGUCAGUAUUACUUUGUAUGUCAGUACUUGUUUAAUUUUUUUUUUUAUCCCCAUUCUAUAAUGAUCACGUAAGUGCUGUGGAAUAUGUUGGUGCUAUAAAUAUUAAUUAUAAUUAAAUUAAUAGAUGAAAUAUUGGGCAUUUAAUAUGAGGAAAUAAUACUUUAAAGAAAGGGUAGGUAAGGAUUGCAAGAGAGCAAAGUUCCAAGUAUUAACGCCAGCAUCUGUAAGUAAAGACUGCAAAGUAUUUAUUCGCUGUUCCUUGUCUGUGUGUUGUCAUUGUGCAGAGUGUUAACUCUCUGUUCCUGGAUUCUCUGAGCAGAAUAUUAACUCCUAGAUGUCAGAAUCUGAGAGUGAGCAGUAUUUAGAGUUUUCAGUCUCAUAUGUCUGGGUCCCUAAAUUAAUAAUGUACAGAGUAUUAACUCACAGAACUCAGUGUCUGUGAGUGCAGAAUAUGGUUUCUGAGUUCCGUGAAUGAAUAGGGUGUAGUGUAUGAUUUUGCUAUUCCUGAAGUGUGUGAAUGAGAGUUUUCACUCACAGGUCCUCGAGCCUUUUACUGAAAUAACUAUGAUUAUUUCCCUCUACAAGGACUGGUUGGCUCUUCUACAAAGAGGGCUGAAUAGUUGUUCUAAAAGUGUGUUAUUUCUGCUAUAGUAUACUAAGCUUGCACUGUGAUACAAUCGGUUAGAAUAACUGGCAAAUUCAUUACUUUUAUUAGGAAAGUAAUUCAGCACAAGUAAUCAAAGAUUGAUCAGCACUGAUGGCUUUUGUUCCUAAUUUAUUUUAUGUCAGACUCUGUUUGGAAGGGUUGGGGGGGGGGCGGGGGGGGGGAUUGUGAUACCAAUAUCUCAAGCUCCACUGUGUUCAUUUUUGUUUUGUUUUUUUCCUUUCCCCAGCAAAUUCGAUGGAAAAACUAAUGGAUAACAACCAGACAGCCCAUUGCCAAUACUGCACAGAUUGCCAAUAAUAAACAUCCCUUUCUCUUCCUCCCUCUCUCACUCCAUGUGAACUACCUCUCUUAGUAAUAACCUACACAUUUCCUUUCCUUUACAUGUUGCUACUACCCUUAUACAGAGCCGUAUCUCCUUAUGGCGUGUUUUGUUAAUUUGUUGAGUUUACUCAGUUUAUACAUAUAACACGGAUUUGUUUGUCUUUAUGUGCUCUCCUCGAAUUUUUGUUAUAUUUUGUUAUAAAAUGCUUUUGUACCUUUUGGUAUAUAUGUUUGUUGCUUUCUAAAAAGCAAAUAAACAAAGAAAUGUAAAAUAAAUAAACACACCUUCCCAAAAA